UUUAACGACAAUGCGACAUCUGUGUUUCAAUAAUAAAACCAAUUUUCUUUGAAAUGUCAUUUUCUUUUUGACAAUUCCUUUCUUUCCGGUGACCGCUCUCACAAAGACGCUAAAAUGUUUAUGCCAAAGGCUCAUCGCGUUGCUAUCUAUGAAUACCUCUUCAAAGAGGGUGUCAUUGUGGCCAAAAAAGAUUUCCAUGCCCCAAAACAUCCCGAAUUGGAAACAAUUCCCAACUUACAUGUCAUCAAGACAAUGCAAUCUCUGCAUUCCCGUGGAUUGGUGAAGGAACAGUUCGCCUGGAGGCAUUACUACUGGCAUUUGACCAAUGAAGGUAUUGAAUACCUCAGGACAUACCUGCACUUGCCCCCAGAGAUUGUCCCAGCAACAUUGAAACGCCCAGCCAGGUCUGAGACUGCUCGUCCACGACCAACUGUUUCUGGUCCUCGUGGAGAUUCCACAAAGACCGGCGAAGAUCGUUCUGCAUACAGACGUGCCCCAGGCGGUGCUGACAAGAAGGGAGACGUCGGAGCUGGAGCCGGAGAUGUUGAAUUCCGUGGUGGAUUCGGUCGUGGUUCUCGUCCACAAUAGGUUUUUAUGUUAAAUCAAUAAACAAACGUUUGUACUAAAAUGUAA